AUGGAGGACCACGCCCUAAUCGGCGCCGCAAAAUCUAUCCCCACCUCCCCCGCAUCCCCCAUUCUCUCCAUCCACCCCCUCACCAUUGCAGCCCCCUCUCGCCCAGGUUCCAUCCCCAUAACCCUCAAAGUAUCCGCCCCCACAACCGGCACUACCCUCCCGAUAAUCCUCCUCUCGCACGGCCACGGCACCUCCAACAACCUCUCCUCCUUGCACGGCUACAGCCCCCUCGCCGAGUUCUGGGCCGCGCACGGCUUCGUCGUGAUCCAGCCCACGCACCUCUCCUCAAAGACCCUGAGUCUAGAUCCCACAACCUACCCCGAGGCACCUCUCUUCUGGAGGUCUCGCGUCGAAGACAUGUCGCACAUCAUCGACAGCCUAGACGCGAUCGAGACCUCGUUCCCCGCCAUCAAAGGCCGUCUGGACCGUAGCAAGAUCGCCGUUGCUGGCCACUCGCUCGGCAGCCACACAGCCAGCAUGUUGCUCGGCGCCCGCCUGACCGAUCCCGUCGACGACGAGUCCGCCGGGAUCCUGCUCACGCCCAUCGGCAACGGCGCCGCUGGGAAAGACCUCAGCGUCUUCGCCAACGAGCACAUGCCCGUAUUCCGCAACCCUAGUUUCGCCGAGAUGGCGACGCCGACGCUCGUCGUGGUCGGCGAUGCGGAUGUGAGUCCGCACCUCACGACGCGCGGUGCCGACUGGCACGAGGAUCCGUAUCGGCUGAGCGAGGGCCCGAAGUGCAUGCUUACUGUGUUUGGGGCGGGGCAUUUGCUGGGCGGGGUUUCGGGGUACGAUAGUGCGGAGACGUUGCAGCAUGAUACGGAAAGCCCAGAGCGGGUGGCGUUGGUUCAGAGGCUUACUUGCGCGUAUCUGCACAGUGAGCUUGAUGCGAGUGAUGGCGCUUGGUCGGACGCGUGUGCUGCUUUGUCGCUUGAUGGCGCCAAGGGGUUGGGCAAGGUCGAGUCCAAAUAG